AUGGUGGAAGCCUAUCUUUGCAUUGUCGUGUUUGGAACAGUCCUUUUGGCCUCAACAGACGCUGGGUACUACAAGCGCCCUCCUCCUCCCAGCAAGUUGCACUACCUUCCCAAACCACCUCACCAUCUUUACAACAAACCAAACUUUCACUCCUAUCGUCCCGCACCCAUCCACGCCCCUCGCAACCCCAUCAGACCUCCUCCUCGUCCUUACAUACACAAGCCGAAUCCACCUUCACCUCCACCCUUUCCGCCAGCCUCUUGGAAGUCUCACAACAACUUCCGCGCCCCAGUGGUAAAGGAGCAGUUCCUUUCUUCUCCGCUAUCUUUCACGCCUGAGGUCACUCAGCAUUUCCUUCAGGAUGAUGAUAAAGGACCCAUCCACACCAUCCCGGCACCCAACCUGAGCCCGGCAGACAAGCCACCUAACUUUGACCAAGAGCAGCACAACCCAGCACUGAAUGCUGUGCUCAAGCAUGCGGCUGAAGCAGUCAGAGCCAAACCUACCACAUACCAGGUCACUGAGGAUCCAAGCGUCUACAAGCCGUUCUCUGGAACUUCAAGCUACUUCGCCCCCGACCCUGACCCUAGUCUUCCUACCAUCGAGGUGCCUCAGACCAAGGACCCUUACUCUGUACCCAGCAAUGGAGUCACACCCUUGGACCUGUACCAACAACAGGUAGCAGAUCAGCAGGGGCAACAAUAUACUGAUGGAUCUGUAAGUGGGAGCACGCUGAGUCCUCACGACCUGUAUCAGCUGCUACAUAAUGCUCAACAACACCAACAACAACAACAACAACAACAGAUGACACCUCAGUUGUACCAGCAGUAUCUACAAGCUGCCUCAGCACACCAGCCAGCAACCAGUGAAGUCUUUCAGCAGGUGUUUCAAACUGGACUACUUUACCCACAUUAUCAACAACAGGUGACUCACUUCACUCCACAAAACUUCCAUCCACAGUUUGAGAACUUCAACUACAACGAGCAAACGCAAGAGAGCGCCCACGGCUCCGACAGUUUUCCAUCCGCCUCCUCAAUCAAUGUUGGUGUAAAGCGAGCAGUCAACAAGGACACUGGUUCGGGAAACAGCGCCAACAGCAUCAAAGACUAUCUGGACAAGACGCAAGCAGAGUCUAAUGAAGUGGGAGUCAUCAGUAACCAGGUGGACUAUGAAGACGAAGACAGUACAGAGACCAUUGAGAAGGAAACUUUCCCGAACUUGAGAAAUGUUUAUUACACGUCUCUGCCAAACAAACAAACAGCAGACGCUCUAGCAACUCUAGCAGCUGCCGGUAGCAUCAACCAUCAGAUGUCAAUAGGUCCAGGCAACAUCCAAGCGAGAGAAGAAGAAAUGAGGAAACAGAAGAUGAGGGAAGAAGAGUUGAGAGCUGAAGAAGAAAGGAAACGGCAGAUAAUCAGACAUGAAGAAAAAGAGAGAGCGAAUGAAAUCAGGUAUUACGAGGAGCAGAGAGAACAAAGCAGAAAUCAAGAAAUGCAAGAGCAACAAAAUAGACAGGUUUUCAAAGAUACAAGCGACAAGCAAAAUUUUAGAAAUCAAGAUGAAAGGGAAUCACAAAAGAGCGGUAAAGAAAACCAACAAGUCUUCACAGGUUCUGAUUACAGUGAGGAGGAAAUAAUGGAAACUUCAGAUAAAGACCAAAGAAAUACCAACAGUCACAUGCCAAUAAUUUCUAUGAGACCGUUUGAUGGAUCCUAUAGAGAGGGAGCUGAAAAAGAAUCCCAAACGGAAGAGCAAAGUUACGAGGAUUCUGAUGCUGACUAUUCACAAGAAGAGGUUAAAGAGAUUAACAACGCAAACAAAAUGACUCAACCUCCACCAACUGAAAAAACUGUCAACUACAACUCUCAUCAAAACCAACUUCCGUUCGGUGCCAAAUUAAGACCAAAACGAGUUUAGAAAUAUUUUUUAUGAGUUUUGUACAGUACCUAGCAUUUUAUUUAUUUAUUUUUUAGCUACGUGUGUGUGAUGAAUCGAAAAGUGUUAUAUAUUUCUACUGUACAUAUUGUAAUUAAAGUUAUCAUGAAUAAGAUUGGAGUUCCACAGAUAUUUUAUGUAGGCCUACAUUAAGUAAUAAUAUAAAUUUUUACAAUGCUAUUUAUUACACUCCACAGCACACAAAACAUAAAAUAAAACUUCCACAUUGUAUGCAGAUUGUGUGUUGUGGAUAUAAUAUUUUUGUAUACUGUAGUGAUAAAAUAAAUUAUUUUUUAUAACUA